GUCACCUUCGUCAAACAAGCGCGGGUCGCCAUAUUGUGAAUACGAGUGUGAGUGUCGCCGUCUCAAUAAUAUUGACGUAAAACGAAUAAAAUGCCCAACCAUCAAUCACCGCAAUAGCCUGACCGUAAACGCAUAUAACCAAGGUCGUCGAGGGCGGCGCGUUAUGAACUGAUUUGAAAGGACGACGAGAACUUUGGGACGACCGUGCUCGACGGUGCAAGAUGUCGAGCGAGGAGAUCAAGGCGGAAUACACGUCGAGUUUGGCGGACUUGACGUUCAACAGCAGACCGUUGAUAAACGUGCUCACUAUGUUGGCCGAGGAAAACAUCCAAAACGCGCCCGAUAUAGUCGAAGCGAUCGAAACGCAUCUCACAAAGGUUCAUACAGACGUGAAGUUACCAAUUUUGUAUCUGAUCGAUUGCAUCGUGAAGAAUGUGAGGGGUACGUACACGGAACUCUUCAGCCAGAACAUUGUUUCGACGUUCUGCAGCGUCUUCAAAGUGUUGUUACAUAAGGUGGACGAAAAAACGCGUGCCGAGAUGUUUAAGCUGCGCCAGACGUGGAACGAAGUGUUCCCACAAAAGAAACUAUACGCCAUUGAUGUGCAAAUCAAAAGUCUGGAUCCGGCCUGGCCAGUUACGGCCCAGGCACCGUCCAACAGCAUUCAUUUCAACCCCAAAUUCCUAAAGACUCCCUCCACUAAGCUAAAAGGCACCAUGGACCAGAACACGACGUCUUCUAAUGACACGCUUCGCAUGCAGCAACAGCUGAUCGAAAAACAGAAGGAGCUGCUCGAGUUGCAGCAAAAGAAACUCGAAUUGGAGCUGUUACAAACGCAGGUAAAGCUGAGGGAGUCGUCAAAUAACAUUGCCGUCUCCAAGGAUCCGAGGAAGGCUUUCAACCACAAUGCGGUGGUUAACAAGAAGCCGGCCGGAAUUGGCGCAUCAGCGGGCAACAGCAGACCUCAGGGACAAAACAACGUGAACAGAAUCAACCCAGUCAACUCCACGAUGAUAAACGCGAUGAAACGCAACGUGAACAGAGAUCCUCGUUUGCAGAAGCAGACCAACAACACCGGCAACAAGCAAGAGCCCGGCCAAAAGUCCGACACCAACGUUCCCAGCAAGGUAAACGUUAGAAUCGACCCGCGACUGAACAACGCCAACAAGGACGCCCCGAAGGCGGACGCCGGCAAACCCAAAUCCCCGCUGAAGAGCUCGAAGUCCGACAAGCCGAGGAGCGCGACGAAGAACGGUUCAGACACAUCCAAGUCGUCGCAGGACGAUGAGAAAAAGGACAAGAACGACAAAUCGAGGUCGCCCAGCAAGAAGGACAAGGACAAGAAAAAGGACAAGUACGAGGACAAGAAGUCGAGCUCUAGCAGGCCGAAAAAGUCCUCCGCGCCCGAAACUGGACUGUCGGCGGCCGCGUUCAAAGAGGUCAAGUCCAGAAGCAACCGCAACUAUCUCAGAAGGAACCGUUCGCCGUCGGAGAGUCCGGAACGGGUGCACGACGUGGAUCUCAGAUCGUUCGGUCCGCCUGAAAAACAAAUGCGCUUGCAAGGUGAUACAACAGAUGAAAAAAGUGGUAAUAAUAAAGAUGUCGAUUUACGUCAAAUACCUGCCUUGGUUGGAAAGAAGAGGGCAUCUACAGAAACUUUAGAUGCUAACGUUACGAAAAAGAGUAAAACUGAAGUACUCGAUAUAUUGUUUGGAAACGAAGAUACAGAUUUAAGGAAGUUGUCGUCAGUCCAGAACGAUAGACCUCCCACACCGCCUCCUCCAAUCAUCUCUUCCACUGUUGCUCUAAAAAUUGAUCCCGAUAUUGUAGAAAUACCCUCAGAUUCCCCUCCAAAGAAAAAGGAUCUGGAUGCUGUCCGUGCAAAACUCACCAACGUCACCAACAGGGAUAAAAUCUUUUCGAAAUCAUUCCACAAAAAGAAACUGGCCGCAGCUGAAGAGCAAGACACCAAAUCACCGCUGGUGUCUUCGUCCACAGAUGUCCACCCACAAAUUAUCAUAUCAGCCGCUGACGCACAAGCCUUUGAAGGUGGCCAAAUGACCAAGGAAAAACAACAACAGCUUCUCAGCAAAAUAUUGUUGCAAAUGGAGAAAAACCAGUUGAACGAGGCGAAGAAGAAAGAUCAAGAAGAAACAAUCGGUAACAUAUCGACACAAACCAUCAGCGACGAUGAGUUUGACGAAGCGUACAACAGUGAGGAAGAAAGGGAAAGGGAGCGUUUCAAGAAGGAAGUGUACGGCACCAACAGGGAGGUUGGCGACCGAGAUACGAGGUUAAAGAAGGAACCAAAUGAAGAGCACACGGUGAAUAAUCAGUACAACGCUAAUAAAUUCGGGGGAGGACCAAGAUGGGGAGGACACUGGAGAGGUGGUAGACGGCGACACUGGGAUAUGAAUAAUCCUCAGAUGCAUCCGCACGGGAUGCCUCCGAGGCCCGGCAUGAGACCGUGGGGACCAAUGGGUGGCCCGCCGCAAAAUUGGCGUCCGAUGGGCCCGAGACAUAUGUUGGCGCCGAAGAAUGAUUUCAUCAUCACUGAUGACGAUAGGAAGUCGCCAGAGGGCUCCUCUGACUUGGUAGUAGAGCCGAUCAAUUCAGAGGAAAUAAAGUCUAUAGUGAUAGACGGUAUGUCGAGGGAAAUCCGUUAUUAUGAUGAAGUAGCCAUCAUAUUUAUGAAAAUGGACGACCCGAGGGAGAUUUCUUUCCAAGACGCCACCAGGAGGGUGACAUUCAACGACAAAGACUCUUACGUGUUGUCGUUCAAUCAACCGUAUCAGGAUGUGUUAGUGAAUGGGGAGGUCUGUAAAGUUCGUCUGGGGGUGCCAAGCAGGGAGAUUUAUAUAAAUUACAAACCGUACGAGUGUUAUUUCGGUGGGCCGGGCAUUACAGUGGAAUUGGGUGGGUCAAAUGUUUUGGUUAAAUUGGACGGACCUCCGCCUCAAGUGAAAAUCGGCCGACAGCGUACAGAUCUGGUGGCUGGCCGUGUCAACCUCAUUAUUAAUGCUAAGAAAAUAAUUCCUGUGUUUCUUGAUGCUAAACCACAAAAGUUUGUAUUAGAUGGAGAAACGCUUACAUUAAGAUUUGUAGAUUCAUUGAAAACUGUAUUAAUAAACGAUUGUCCAUUUAAAGUUGAAUUUGGUGGUCUCCCCAAACCUGUUACAAUCCACGGUACGAAACACUUUAUAAGAUUUUCAGUAUUACCCAAUGGCGUCAAGCCGGGUCAUGUACGCAUCAAGGAUAUGGAGGUACUGGGACAGAGUCCGUCCCACAUCGCCGCCGCAAUCGACGAGACCAGUAGGGAUGGCUCCGAAAAGGCGCUUCCCAUCCUUGCAUCCAAAAGGGCACUAGAUUCGCCUGACAACUCGAAUUCAGCGCAAUUUUUCCAAAACAUUUUGCAGCAAACAAACUCGGACAUGCUGUCCAGCGUUAUAGCAUCCGCCACUUCCCAAAAUCCGACCUCCGGCGGUUACCAAAUCGACGCCACCUCCAACUCUGACAGCCAACCUGGCCGCACGGAGUCGCCCGGCCAACUAAAGGAUGCGGUACUGCCGCCGCUGAAUAUCAACGACCUGUUCCAGAAACUGGUCGCCACCGGUAUCGUGGCGACAUCAUCGACGAAAUCCGAACCUCACCAACCGGCCAAACCACACAUCAAAUUGCCGGUGGUGGAAGUGCCCAAGGCGGAAUCGCCGCCACCUAAGAGGAACCCGAUGGAACUUAUCAAGUUGGUAACGUUCGACAAGCCGGAGACUUUGAAGGUGGCGCAAGCCGGUCUUUAUAACAUUUUGUACACUGGUAUGCAGUGUAGCAGUUGCGGCAUGAGAUUCCCGCCGGAACACAGCAUACAUUACAGCCAGCACUUAGACUGGCAUUUCAGACAAAACAGGAGGGGUAAAAGAAACAUCAGGGUGGCUUCCAGCAGGAAGUGGUACUAUACUCUGUCGGACUGGAAGAAUUACGAGGAAAUUGAAGAUCUCGAAGAAAGGGAGAAGAAUUUCUUUGAUCAACAAGCCACACAGGCCGAGGGCCAGGUUGAUGAAGCCGAAGAAGAGGUCGAAAUACCAACUGUUCUGGCGGAUCCAUCCAUGCCCAACGAUCAGUGUGAGGUAUGCAAGGAUCCGUUCGACCAGUUUUUCAAUGAGGAACGGGAGGAGUGGCAUCUUCGUAAUGCCAUAAGAAUAGAUGACAAGUGUUAUCACCCCGUUUGUCACAGCGAUCUCAUGAAAUCACUGCAAGAUUCCACAAUGGAGGAAAAUCAGUCUGAGCAUUCGGCGGAAGAACCGGUGAAAGAAAAGAAAGAGGUCAUUCCCGGCCUUCAGAUCGUUCUCGACGACGACGAAGAAGCCCGCGAUGUUGAGAUUCUCGAAAGUGACGAAGAAAAAAAAGAAAUACAAGAAGAGAAGGAAGAACCUGAGGAGCCUGCUGAAGAGCAACCCAUGGAAGAUGACGGAGACGAUGACGACGUUAUUCUAAAUGAAGUGGCUCCUAUUAAGAUUGUAUUGGAUGACGAUGAUGACGAUGAGGACGACGAAUAUGUCCCAACUCCCUCCACCAACCAUCACGUCAAGAUUAAGAAGGAACGUGUCGAAGUCGACGAUGGUUUUGAAGAUGUCGGCGGGCUCAUCAGUCUGCCCAAUGGGGGCACUAUUAAAAUUAAGGCUGAACCAAUUGAUCACGAUGAAAUUGCACCCUUGGACGCCUCGGAUCCGAAUGAAUCAUUAAUGAAUGACAAGGAAGAACUGGAGGAACCGGAAACGCCACAAAUGGAACAACAAGCCCCGACGACCGGGUUCAUAACGACAAUAGACGGAAAUGUGGAACUGGCCUCGGACAUACCAACCACGACAACCGCGAGUAAAGGCAUCAAGAUUAAUAUAAGCAAACCAUUGGCUGUGAUAGCAUCGAAGGAACCAAUCAAGGACGAGAGCGAAACGAUGGAACAAGUGAUAGACCCGUCGCAACCGCUCCCGCCUGGUGAGGAACCGGUGCAACUAAGUCUCAAACCUAGUUUGAGAGGGGUGGAGCUUAAAAAGAUGCCACCCGUCCGCAAGGGCUCUGAAUUAAGUGGUUUGUGUUCGAUAAUGUGAUUCUAUUGAAUAUAGUGCGAGUGAGUGUAAAUAAUAAAUGAUGAAUUUGUACAUAGACGGAAAUUGUAUAAUUAAAUUAUUUUUCACACGCGGUGUUGCAUUGAAAUGAAUAUGUAAUUUUUUUGGCACGGCUCGUUUUGCCAGUGCACAAUAGAAAUCAAUUUGUUUUAUUUUGUGUACGCGCAAAGACUUGUUUUUAUCUGUCCUUUGUUAUUUGUUGGAAAUAAAUAUUUUUUUAGAAAACGUGUCUGAGUUUGUAUAUUAUCUAGUAUGUAUAUUAUAAUCCUUUAUAGACAUUAUUCAGCAGACUAUGUUUACUGCAUAAUUAAUCCAUUGUAGUUUGUUAAGCUUUGAAGAUCGUAUUUUAGUUAUUGAGGAAAUAAAUAAUUAAUUUAGAGAACUA